AUGCCCUUACCACCCAUUUGCACCACUUUUGAACCUUACUUCUUGCUCUCAGAUGAGAAGCUGAAAGAUAUAGUAACCCAUUUCAAAGAUGAGAUGUUAGGUGGAUUGGGAGAGUACGGUAAAGAUGUAGCUAUGGUUCCUAGUUUCGUCACUGGUGUUCCAGAUGGCACGGAAGAGGGUACUUUCUUGGCUCUCGAUUUGGGUGGUACCAAUUUACGAGUAUGCGAAGUUCGUCUUUUCGGUCAUAACAAAUUUGAAAUGAAACAACAAAAAUAUAAAGUCUCUGAUGAGUUGAAAGAGGGUGAAGCUAGAGUUCUGUUUGAUUAUAUCGCAGAUUCAGUUGAUGCAUUCUUGACUGAAAUUGGAUCUGAUAUAUCGAACAAUGAACCUAUGCACUUGGGUUUUACUUUUAGUUUCCCGGUUGAACAAACAGCUAUUGAUGCUGGUAAAUUACUUACUUGGACAAAAGGUUUCAACGCUAGAAAUGCAGUCGGAAAUGAUGUCGUCAAACUCCUUCAAGAUGCUUUUGAUAGAAAACACAUUCAUGUCAGAUGUAGUGCUAUCGUCAAUGAUACCGUCGGUACACUGCUCUCAAGAUCAUAUCAAUCUGGACCUUCACUUAUUGGAGCCAUUUUCGGUACCGGUACCAACGGUGCAUACAUUGAUAAAACUCGAACGAUAAAGAAAUUGGGUGAAAGUAAGAUUAAAGAAGCUGAAGCAGGUGGUGAACACGCUGGUGAAUUCAUGGUCGUAAAUACCGAAUGGGGAGCUUUCGAUAACGGCAGACAUUGUUUACCUAUUUCAAUCUUCGACAACAAGUUAGAUAGAGAGAGUAUCAAUCCCCGAAAACAAGCGUUCGAAAAGAUGGUUUCAGGAAUGUACAUCGGUGAAAUCACUCGAAAUAUCUUUUUGCACCUUAUCGACGCAUCGGUGUUAUUCGAUGGAUAUUCAUCAAAAGUAUUGAACACUCAUUAUGGAUAUGACGCAUCUUUUGUCUCCGGUAUCGAAGGUGCUAAAUCAGACGAAGAAGUCAAGAAAUUGAUUAUAAGUCAAUUGGGAGUUGAAUCGAAAUUGAUUGAAGAGGACGACAUUGAGAUCGUCAAAUGGGGUUGCCGAAUCGUUUCCGACAGAGCAUGUAAAUUAGCUGCAUGUGCCAUAGCCGCAGUAGUUCAACAUACUGGAAAUGACAAAGUACCAGAAGGAGAAGAAGAUAAAGGUGUAGAAGUCGGUGUGGAUGGAAGUGUUGCAGAAUUUUUACCGAACUUCUCGGAAAGAGUAUCUGAAGGCUUAGCUUCUUUGCUAGGUAAAGAAGGUGGAAAGAGAAUCAGAAUGGGUUUAGCAAAGGACGGAAGUGGUGUAGGAGCCGCAUUGACAGCACUUCAAGCUAAGAAAGCAAUGGACAGAAGAUCAGAAACAAAUUCAUCUUUCGUUCCAGGAAAAACUGGACUAAAGUAA